CCAGCCUAAAGGAUUUUGGGAUUCUGUGUUUGCGCCUUGGCUCCCACAGAGAUCAACGAAACACUGCCCUCAGGGCUGGGGCUGCUGCAUCCCUGAGCUCAGGGAAUGCCAGGAUCUGCUGCAGGGACCAAGAGCUGCUCCUGUUCCAUUCCAGGCUCGGCAUGGACUUCCUGACGCUCUUCCUGAUUUACCUGUGCUUCGUGCUCGCCCUCACUGCCCUGCUCUGCCUCUGCUCGGGAAGGAAGGAGAGUUUCCUCACAAGGAGCAUCAACAGGGCAAGCCAGGUGCUGUCACUGGUGAUCCCCACUCAGCUCCAGAGGGUGACACACCAGGCACUGCACAGGCUCUUCCACACAAGGAGCUGUUUGUUUAUGGUCCUGCACGUAGCCCUGCAGGCUGCAGUGUUUGGGGAAUACACCUGGGAAGUGUUUGUGUACUGCUGGGAGCUGCAGUUCCACCUCGUGCUGCUGCUCCUGCCCUACCUGCUGCUGGCUGGGAACCUGGGCUGCUUCCUGCUCUGCUCCCGGGCCAAUCCUGGUACAGUGACAAAAUCCAAUGCUGCAUCCCUGGUUAAGGUUUAUGCCUACGAUGGGGUGUUGUUUCAGAGAGGCCUCGUGUGUCCCACGUGCACUGUGGAGAAGCCAGCCAGAUCCAAGCACUGCAGUGUGUGCAGGACGUGUGUGCAUCGCUUUGACCACCACUGUGUGUGGGUCAACAACUGCAUCGGGGCCUCCAACGCUGCUGUGUUCCUGCUGUACCUGCUGUCCCUGACGGCCACAGCAGGGGCUGUGGCUGCUGUCACUGCUGCUUUCCUCAUCCACGUGCUGCUGCUCUCUGACAUCAUGCACAGUACCUACCUGGAUGCCCAGGGACAGGAGCACCCCGUGGAGAUUCCCUUCCUCGUCCAGCACCUUUUCUUGACUUUCCCCAGGAUUGUCUUCAUGCUGGGGUUUGUCAUCCUGCUCACACUCGUCCUGGGGGGAUACUGCUCCUUCAGUCUGUAUCUGGCCCUCACCAACCAAACCACCAAUGAAUGGUGCAAAUCCCGAAGAUUUGGGGGCUCCCCCCAUCUCCUCUCACAGCCUCAGGACAGACCUCUUGUCUACAAAAACAUUUAUUCUAAAGGGAUCUGGAGGAAUUUAAAGGAAAUCUUUAACCCUCCUACAGUGUUGGAAAGGAAGAAGAAAACAUGAAGAUAUGAUUGUUUCUCUGGGCAUUUUUAAAUGUUUUCUAAGACUUUAGCUCAGCUAAACCUUGGCUGCCCCAGAGAGAUUUUGGAACAAGAUUACUGCAGAACUCACAUAUUGGUGCCUCUCAGCUGAGUCCAUCUUCCCAAAGUGAAUCUUUCUCUCUGGGAAGUGCUAAAACAGAGCUCCUGUGAAUUUUGAGGGAGCAGCAUCUUUUUGUGAGUAUCAUUCUUUGGGAAAUAAUUAACCCAUGACUGUUAACAAUGACUACAACAGGUUGUGUGUAUUUAGCUGAGAAAAUGAUUUCUGGCAGGAUCUUACCUGCAGAAACCAUGUCCUACUGCAGCUUUGAAGCAUUAACUUCAGGAAGGAAAUUAAAGUGUCCCUGUUCUCCUCUCCUUCCAGAAAUUCUUCUGUUCGAGUAUAAUAGAAGAGAAAUUGGAAAAAAUUAUGUAAGAACUUUAAA